AUGGUCAGAAAUCCGCGCUGCGUGUACUCCCAGCACCGCGCGGAGCGGUCACAAAUCCUCGCUGUGUGCACCCCCGGCGCAGUACGGAGCAGUCAGAAAUCCGCGCUGCAUGCACUCCUGGCGCUGCACGGAGCGGUCAGAAAUCUGCGCUGCGUGCACUCCCGGUGCCGCGUGGAGCGGUCAGAAACCUGCGCUGCGUGCACCCUGGGCACCACGCGGAGCGAGAUCCGCGCUGCGUGCACACCCUGCACCGGGCGGAGAGGUCAGAAAGCCGCGCUGCGUGUACCCCCUGCGCCGAGCGGAGCGGUCAGAAAUCCGCGCUGCGUGCACUCUCGGCGCGCGGAGAGGUCAGAAAUCCGCGCUGCGUGCACACCCGGCGCCGCGUGGAGCGGUCAGAAAUCCGCGCUGCGUGCAUACCUGGCGCCGCGCGGAGAGGUCAGAAAUCCGCGCUGCGUGCACACCUGGCGCCGCGUGGAGCGGUCAGAAAUCCGCGCUGCGUGCAUACCUGGCGCCGCGUGGAGCGGUCAGAAAUCCGCGCUGCGUGCACCCCCGGCGCCGCGUGGAGCGGUCAGAAAUCCACGCUGCGUGCACACCUGGCUCCGCGCGGAGCGGUCAGAAAUCCGCGCUGCGUGCAUACCUGGCGCCGCGCGGAGAGGUCCGAAAUCCGCGCUGCGUGCACACCUGGCGCCGCGUGGAGCGGUCAGAAAUCCGCGCUGCGUGCAUACCUGGCGCCGCGUGAAGCGGUCAGAAAUCCGCGCUGCGUGCAUACCUGGCGCCGCGCGGAGAGGUCAGAAAUCCGCGCUGCGUGCACACCUGGCGCCGCGUGGAGCGGUCAGAAAUCCGCGCUGCGUGCAUACCUGGCGCCGCGCGGAGAGGUCAGAAAUCCGCGCUGCGUGCACCCCCGGCGCCGCGUGGAGCGGUCAGAAAUCCGCGCUGCGUGCACACCUGGCGCCGCGCGGAGCGGUCAGAAAUCCGCGCUGCGUGCACCCCCGGCGCCGCGUGGAGCGGUCAGAAAUCCGCACUGCGUGCACACCUGGCCCCGCGUGGAGCGGUCAGAAAUCCGCGCUGCGUGCACCCCCGGCGCGCAGAGCGGUCAGAAAUCCGCGCUGCGUGCACACCUGGCGCCGCGUGGAGCGGUCAGAAAUCCGCGCUGCGUGCACCCCCGGCGCGCAGAGCGGUCAGAAAUCCGCGCUGCACUCUUGGCGCCGCGCAGAGCGUUCAAAAAUCCGCGCUGCGUGCACUCCCGGCGCGGUGCGGAGCCAUGUUCCUAAUUUUUCAACAUACCGGGCAACAUCAGACACCAGCAGCUUUCCUGGUUCUGAGGGUUCCAGAUCUGGACUGAGAGACGUGAAAGUGAGAAAGAUUGCAGUGAUUGGUGCUGGGCUUAGCGGAUUAGGUGCCAUCAAAUGCUGUUUGGAGGAGGGACUUGAGCCUGUAUGUUUUGAAAAAAGCAAUGACAUUGGAGGACUGUGGAGAUACGAGGACUCAUCAGAAAGUGGAUGUCCUGGAAUUUAUAAGUCUCUGACCUGCAACACAUCCAAAGAAAUGACAGCCUUCAGCGACUACCCUUUUCCUGAUCAUUAUCCCAACUACCUCCACAACUCCAAAAUGAUGGAAUACCUCAGGAUGUAUGCCAGGCACUUUGGUCUGGUGCAACACAUCCAGUUCCUCUCCAAGGUGUGCAGUGUGAGGAAGCGCCUUGAUUUUUCAACCUCUGGCCAGUGGGAUGUUGUAGUAGAAACUAAUGGGAAACAGAAAUCUCACAUCUUCGAUGGGAUCAUGAUCUGCAGUGGUCAAUACACAGAAAAGUAUCUGCCCUUACAGGAUUUUUCAGGGAUCCAGAAAUUCAGAGGCAGAUAUCUCCACAGUUGGGAGUACAAGAAGCCAGAUGAGUUUGUGGGAAAAAGAGUGGUCGUGAUUGGCAUUGGGAAUUCGGGAGCAGAUGUGGCUGGUGAAAUCAGUCGUGUUGCUGAACAGGUUUUCCUUAGCACAAGACAAGGUUCGUGGAUAUGGAACCGAGUUUGGGAUAAUGGGAAUCCCAUAGAUGUCACACUUUUCACUCAUUACAACAGCACAGUCCAGAAAUUCUGUCCCACAUUCCUGAUCAACAGAUGGAUGGAGAAUAAAUUAAAUGCAAAGUUUAAUCAUGCUAAUUAUGGACUGCAGCCCAAACACAGGUUUCUCAGCUAUCAGGCCACCAUGAGUGAUGAUCUAGCGAAUCACAUAAUUACUGGAAGGGUGGUGGUAAAACCAAACGUGAAGGAGUUCACCAUCACAUCUGUGAUCUUUGACGAUGGUACUGAAGAGAGCAUAGAUGCUGUUGUCUUUGCCACAGGCUACACAUUCUCUCUCCCUUUCUUGGAGGAUGACUCGGGAAUCUUGGACAGCCAGCGCUCCAUGUUUAAAUUUGUCUUCCCCCCUCAGCUAGAGAAGCCAACACUGGCUUUCAUUGGAUUAGUCCAGCCAGUGGGAGCCAUUAUUCCCAUAUCAGAACUGCAAAGCCGAUGGGUUGUUAGUAUAUUCAAAGGAUUGAAAAAAUUACCCUCAGAGCGUGACAUGAUGGCUGACAUCACAAGAAAGAGAAAGGAACUGGCAAAAAUAGUUCUGGAAAGCCCAAGAGUUUCACGUCGAGUGCAAUACAUUGAGUACAUGGAUGAAAUUGCAUCUGAAUUAGGUGUCAAGCCCAGUCUGUUCACUCUCCUCUUCUGGGAUGCAAAAUUGGCCAAGGAGAUUUUCUAUGGGCCCUGUACUUCAUACCAGUACCGUCUACAGGGUCCUGGGAAAUGGAGCGGGUCCCGGAAAGCCAUCCUGACCCAGAGAGAUCGGAUCCUCAAACCCCUAAAGACGCGCAUGCUAACAACCUCUGAGUCUCCUUCCUCUAGUCGGUUCUGGGUCAGGUGUAUUUUUGCUGUCAUUUGUCUCUCUGUUCCCAUAUUAGGCAUCAUGCAAAUGACAUGUAAUUAAGCUCACAUUGACAUAGGUGUUUCUGCAAGUGGAGAAGAAAAGCUUGUUAUUUGAAUUGUAUCAAAAUGCAAACAAUUGAUUAUAUGGGGAAAGGUGUUGAUUAGAUUGACUAACUCAUAUAUGGAUGUUUAAUGAAAACAAAAUUAAUAAUGACUUUCCAAAAUGCUUUAUAAGGAAUGAGGGUUGAAAAUACAUGGAGUGUUUUCACUGUAUUCCAGAAGUAAUUUGAAGUGUCUUAACAACAUACAAUAGAGGCAAGUAAUCAAAAGUAGUAUUUAAUAAAUAAAUAUACAAAGAAAUUUAAGCCAGGUGUAAGUUUUUAAAAAGCAUUUUAUGGCCUCAAAUUAUCCCCAAACAGAUAUCAUAUUUCUUAUAAAAGAAAAAAUUUGAAUCCAAUUUAACUGAUCAAACUUCUAAUAGAAAGUCAAUGUGAAAUUUUAUAACUCCUAAUAUGAUAUAAUAAGUCCAAUAUUGCCUGUCAAGUAGUAUUGUAAAAAAUAUUUUAACUUUAAUGUAAUUAUGAAAGAUAAUUAGAAAAAAAGUGCAGAUAUCUUGUUUGCGUCCCCCAAAAAUAGCAUCAUUAAUAGAGCUAAAAUAAUGGUAGUGGUAAUGGAAAAUAAAAAAUCAUAAUGACAAAAUAUAAUGUUUCUAAGUAUGGAUAAGUGGUUUUUGAAUGAUCUAGUAAGUUUUAACAUGCACUGUAUAUUAGAUUAUCUUGUUCAAUUAAUGAUAAUAUCUGGUGUAAUAAGGGUAUUAUAGUUAUAUAGAAUUAUUUUUAGAAGAUGUAUACAGAAGUAGAAGGAAUAAAGUUUCACAAUAUCUAAAAUUUAUUUGCAAAUGAUUAAAGAAGAACAAUGUGUCUAAGAGAGACAAAAGAGACAUAAUAUUUUAACAACUGAUGCUUCUGGGUUAAAAGUACAUACUAUUUUUCAGCUUUGUAGUAAAUAUAAGAAUUUCAAAAUAAAAAUUUUAGGAAAAAUACAUUCUCUAUAAUGACUCAUGUAUGCUCUACCCUUCACCCACAAUUUUGAGUUUGACUUUUGAUCAAAUAAAUCAGAAAGGAAAAUUUAAAUAAGCAAAAGAUAGGACUUGUGAGAUUAAAAAAAGCAAAUUGCUAAGGAUAAUUAUAAAUAUGUUAAGUGUGGCAAUAAAAGAAAGGCUUUUUCAGAGAAUUCAUAUAAGAGAGGACAUUAUGCUCAGCAAAAAUAUUUUCCAAGACAUAUUUAGCUGAAUUGCAAUAGACUCUCAACCUGCAGUUUCCUAUUUUUGCCCUUUCUGAAAAGUUUUCUGUAUGAGUACUAUAUAAGUCAGCCUACCAUCUUUAUUCUAUCAUUUACCCAACUUACUAGCAGCCUCACAAUUGCUGACCUGAAUCUGCUAGUUUUUGAGAAUUGCUGUUUAUGAGUUGAUUAGUGGCAACUUAUUCAGGAGAAGCUUGUAACAGCUCACACACUGGUUAAUGAACAAAUGAUGGCAGGACAUCUAGAACUCUCUAACAGCCCUUGCAAUGCUCCAACUUUCAUAAUAAAACAUACAGGAAAAUGGAGAUUGUUACAAGAUAUGUGGGCCACUAAUAAAAUCAGGGAACCUAAUUCAACCAGGAUUACCCAGUUCCAUAUCUAUUCCUUAGCAUUUUUAGUUCAUGGUGAUUGAUUUAAAAGACUGAUUUUUUGCUGUUCCACUUCAUCCUCAGCAUAAGAAAUGUUUUGCCUUUAGUUUAUCUUCUAUCAAUCAUCAGGACCCUAUAUUCUAUUUCCAAUGUUGUUGUCUGCCACAAGAAAUGACAAAUAGUCCAACUGUAUGCCAAGUGUGUGGCUGCAGCUAUUUUGUCAGUCUUUCAGGCUUAUCCAUCUAUUUAUUUUACUCAUUAAAUGGAUGAAAUACUACUGUCACAUUAAUCUUUAUCCACUUUGCACCAAGUAUAGAAAAAAUAAAGUGCAGCCUUAAAUGCAUCUUAGGACUGGCCAUACUUCUAGGUCUCCGUCAGAGAAAGAAACAAGGGUCAAGGCUGCUACAGAGCAGUCAAAUUCCUUUCCAAUAUAGAAUCCCAUGUGACAUGUGGCUGGAUAUUAUUAACUCUUCUUUCUUCAUAAUUUAAUUCAUAUCAUUCAUGUUAUAUCUUCAUCCAAAAUAAGUAAUAUUUUAACAUUCAAAUGUUAUAGCAAAAUAAAUGCAAUGUUUUGUAUCUUACAAUUGUUUUCAGUUGCCCUAUCCUGUACAUCAUGAAUAAAG